CAAAACAGCGAGACUGAAGAUAGUUCUGCGUUGGUUGGCGGCAGAUGUAAAUUUGUGCGCAUGUUUUAAGAAGGAAAAUUAUGUUUAAUGACAGUACUUAAUCGGAGUCCUAAUUGUCUCAAUACUAAAAACAAAUGAUUCAGUACAUUUGAAGUCGAAACUACCGUUAGUUUAUCUUCCUUUUUCAUUUCAAAGUUCAAGUGUUAGCAGAUCUUAGUUACCGUACAUACAACAUAUAAAUCAGUAAGUUCUCAUUAUGAGCAGUUAUCCAACAUGUAUACUGUAUUCGUUGAAAGCAAUUUAGCAAAGCCAUUAUCAGGAGCUUUAACACUUGAAGUCAGUCCUACAGAAACCGCUCAAGAUGUAGUUAACAAUUUUCUACUUUCUUUACAAAGAGAAGAUGGUAUUCCAGGUUUAGCUAUUUUUGAUAAAAAUCAUCGUAAACUGGACUGGGACACAACAUUAGAAUCUCAAGGCAUACUUGAAGGAUCAAAAUUAUACAUUAGUUAUGAUAGUCAGUUGCAUAUCCGACCAGUUCAUAUUGCUGUUGUUGGAAUCAUCACUGUGAUAAUUUCUUCUAUUCUACUGAUAGCUGCAUCUGUGUUAUUUGGAGCAACUGGUGGUGACAUUCCAUUUGAUUAUGGAAUUGUUAUUGAUGCUGGAUCAACACACACUGAAAUUUUUCUAUAUCAGUGGUCUGGUAGCAAGCAGUUAGGUACUGGUAAGGUUCACCAGAAAAGUUUCUGCAAAAAUGAUGAGGGCAUUGCAGAUGUUCCAGAUCCUGAUACUAUUGUAGCCUGUGUGAGGAAUGUUACAAAUUCUUUACCAAGUGAUAAGUCGAUUUCACCUGUCCUCUAUCUAGGAGCUACAGGAGGCAUGAGACUUUUGAACAUGUCAAGCUCAAUGGAUUCUGACCUUAUUUUAAUGGCUUUAAAAUAUGCUUUAAGCACUACACCUGUUGAUGUAAGAUCUGUUGGAAUUAUUCCAGGAAAAAUUGAAGGCUUAUAUUCUUGGAUAACUACAAAUUUCCUUACCGAAACUAUUCAACAGGAAAAGAUUUUGGAUACGUAUGGUGCACUUGAUCUAGGCGGUGCAUCAACACAAUAUGCAUAUGCUUUGGAUAUCAACUCAACAAAGAAUUAUUCUGAUGCUACACUUCUGAAACUUUAUGGUCAUGAAUAUUAUGUUCGUUCAGAAAGUUUCCUUUGUUUUGGUUUAUCCAAAGCCAUGGAUCGAAAUCAAGCAUUAAUUUUCAUGGAUCAAAAUGAAAUAUUGGAUCCUUGUUUACCGCUUGGUUAUUCUGCUAAGAAAAAAGCUAAGAGCUUCUUUCAGAAUCCUUGUGUUUAUAAUGAAUAUUUUGCAAAAUGGCUUCGUGAACAUCCAAAAGAAGAUGAAAAAAUUGUUAUUACAGGCGAUGGAAACUAUCCAAGAUGUCAAAAAUAUGUUCAGAAAUUAAUUGAUGAAGAAAAUUGUAAGAUUUCAGGUUUUCCUGAGUGUCUACAUAAGGCAAACAUAACACAUCACAAUGACAGAUACAUGGCAUUUGCAAGCUUUUAUCAUAUAGUGACCUAUUUGAAUGGAUCUGGGAGUCUGGAAAAAUUCAUAGCAGAAACUAAAGAAUUCUGUAAUCUCACAUGGGAUCAGGUCAAGGAAAGAUCUCAUUCUAAAGGUGAAUUGUCACAUCUUCUCACGUAUUGCUUUGGUGCUGUAUAUGUGACAGAACUUUUAGUGUCAAAUUAUGGAUUUAAUUAUGUUAGCUGGAGGAGCAUUUCGUUUAAAAACCGAAUUAAAGGUGCUGAUGUUGGUUGGUCGUUAGGCUACAUGAUUAAUGCAACUAAUGCUAUACCUGAGGAAUCACCUACACCUCCUGUGAUAUCUUUGACUGUGUUUGUUCCUCUUUGUAUUUUAUGUAGUAUUUUGAUAUUAGCAGCAGUGAUGUUACUUCGUAAAACUUUAAGGUUUAUUACACAUAAAAAGUAUUACGUGCUUGCUGACUUCUAAAAACUAAAGUGUUGCCUGUUUUCUGGAAAAUUUUAUGUUUUUACAUUAUUAUUCAUUACCUUCAAUGUGUCAUUUCUUACUAUUUUUAUUUCCGACUUGCUUACAUUAAUUAUAUAUGUGUUAUCAGUUUGGUUUCCACAUGUAGUUUUUACAGUAUGUUGAUAAUUAAUGUGUACAUUUUUUAAGAAACUAUUUUUUUUUCUUCAU